UAUAUCUGCUUAAGCACAGACGCCAUUAAACAAAAGGCUCCUGAGUGGGUAGAGAGCUAGGAGAUCGUGUAGUGAAGCAGGGCAGGCCGUAGCCUCAGGGGUGGGGGAGCAUUACCGGGUUAGAGAUCAAGAAGGGACGAGGCCAAGGGGACAGUAGAGGUCCUGGUUGACAGCACACAGAGCGGCCAGAAGAUCAUCUGGGGUUUGCGGAUCACAUAUCUGGGCCCAAAGCAGUAGUGCCGGCUGAGAAGCAGAGCGAAGCCUUCCCAAAGUGCACUGAGCCCUUGGAUAAAGCGCACAGGAAGCCGGGCCUUGGAUACUGAGCCUGUGCGUAGCGCCGUACAUACCGGGGCCGGGUGGGAUAUGAUGUUUCCUCAAAGCAGCAGCCGGCACUCGGGCUCUUCGCAUUUGCCCCAGCAACUCAAAUUCACAACCUCAGAUUCAUGUGAUAGAAUUAAGGAUGAAUUUCAACUGCUGCAGGCACAGUAUCACAGUCUAAAGCUGGAGUGUGAUAAGCUGGCCAGUGAGAAAUCUGAGAUGCAACGGCACUAUGUCAUGUAUUAUGAGAUGUCAUAUGGACUGAAUAUCGAAAUGCACAAACAGGCUGAAAUAGUGAAGCGUUUAAAUGGAAUCUGUGCACAGGUGUUGCCUUAUCUCUCACAGGAGCACCAGCAGCAAGUCCUGGGAGCCAUUGAGCGAGCAAAGCAAGUGACUGCUCCAGAGCUGAACUCCAUCAUCCGUCAGCUUCAGGUGCAUCAACUCUCCCAGCUUCAGGCUUUGGCCCUUCCUCUCACUCCUUUGCCUGUGGGAUUGCAGGCACCUUCUCUGCCUGUCAGUGCAAGCAGUGGCCUUCUCUCCCUGUCGGCAUUAGGCUCUCAGGGCCAUCUUCCCAAGGAGGACAAGAAUGGCCAUGACGGUGACCCACGGGCUGAUGAUGAUGGUGACAAGUCUGAUUAAACAAAGAGCUGGAGGAGAUGGAUGAAGGUGCAGCGUAGCAGUGACCUUAGCACUGAAUAAGAGAGGUGCAACAAUGUGCAUUAUCCAGACAUGCAGUUGAGGAACCUAUGGUUUCAGAAUGCAGGGUACCGGCAGCCAGUAGGUUAAUGCACAUUUGUUUGAUCACAUAUGUAAAUGCAUACGUAUUAUAUAUGGAGUAAACUGAAAACCUUAUUGUAAAUUAAUUGGUUAUAUGUAACGGAAAAAGCACAAGCCACUCUGAUUUUGAAUUAUUUUCUGCCCUCCAAUAUUAAUGCAUUAGUUCAAUUUAGUGACCAUACACUACAUAAAAUUGUAGCAGCUUCCUGAUUAAUUUUGACUAUUAAGUAUCAGAAGCAUUUGUGUAGAUCAUUAGCUGAACUUACUCAGCAGUGAUAAGCCUGUUGGAAAAAGGGGGUGGUUUAUCUCCCUGAAGUAUUUUUGUUUGCAUUUUCCUUCAAGCCUCCCCCCCCUCCCCGACUGGCAGAUAAAUAUAUAGUGCCCACAAGGCACCAACUGAUUUUAUAGGCUGCUGUUCCUACAUUACAGACAAAGCUGUCUUUGGCUGAAAGAGUAGGCUGAUUAACCCUUUAGUUGCCAGUUAUGCCUAGAACAAACCCAAACAACAUUUUAUUUGUAUUGAAAGCUCUUUCUAUGAGAGAAUCCUCUCAAACAUAUCGGCACUGCACUAGAUUUUUUACAUUUAUUUGUUAUAUUUUUUUUACUCUGCAAAUCUCUACCCCCAUGAUAUGGAUAUGGAAUUACCAUCUGCCAGUCCCUGCACAACUGCAUCUUUCAUCCUGCCAUCUUGGGGAGAGGGGGAGUUGAAUCAAUUAGCAAACUGAGUUAAUCAUUACCUGCCAGGGAUCUUCUACCAGUGUUAAGGCAGAUGGCACGCAAAAGCGCCUAUUGCGGCUCCCAUUGACUUAGAGAGGGAGUUGACGGAAAACACCAGUACUGGCACUUUUCAGCCCUAAAAUGUUCAUUAGUUUUCGUCCACUUUCAGCAGACUGAAAAGCACCAUGUGUGCCAUUAGUCUUAAGAGCUCAUGAAAAAAUGACAGCCCUCCAUAUAUCUUAAAGGUAGCGUUUGCCAGGCAAGGUGUGUGCUCUGUACAUAGUCCUGUAGAGAUGCUCCAUUUAUUUUCCUUUUAAUUUUGUUCUUUUUGUGUCUGAUCUUUUGACCCUGUUGAUACUUUGUGUGGAGGGUGUGACCGUGCCUUUUACAAUAAAUUGUUACAAUGCCUGCUCA